GACGCCGCAAUCAAAUGCUCCGAGCGGUGUUUGUAUCAAUCCGCGAAAUGGUACGCCCGAGGCUGAUUGUCUUUGCUUUCCUUGAGAUGCCUCAAUGAAAUAACGGAUGAAAUCGUGUUUGCUUGUCUAGGGCGGCGGAGAUGCUGGAUUCCAUCCUGCCGAUUGAUCAGUACGACACGGACCCCGAAUCGCCCAUGGACAUCCCCGAUGCGCCCCGGACUCCUCCGAACCCGUACCUCCGCACCCAGGACCCCGUCGAAGCUGCGCUGGAGGCUCAGGAAUCCUACAAGUACCUCUUGGCAAAGUCUUAUUUCGACACGCGCGAAUAUGACCGAUGCGCCUCCGUUUUCCUUCCGCCGACCAUUCCUCCCGUCCCGCUGUCCACGACGUCCCCGAAUAACCCCAAAUCGAGAGAGUCGUUAACGCCGCAGAAGGGGAAGGCGAAGGCGUCGCCGUAUGCCGGGGUGAAGGAGAACAGUGCGACGCGCAACCCGUACCCCAGACUCAGCCAGAAGGCGCUCUUCCUGUCGCUGUAUGCGAAAUACCUGGCCGGAGAGAAGCGCAAGGAUGAGGAGACCGAAAUGGUGUUGGGUCCCGCGGAUGGCGGAACGACGGUCAAUCGCGAACUACCGGAUAUUGCGCGUGGGUUGGAGGGAUGGUUAACCGAGCGUCGGGAGAAAGGACUGGGGGAGAGCAGCCAGGGGUGGUUGGAAUACCUCUACGGUGUGAUUCUUCUCAAGGGGCGCAACGAGGAGGAGGCGAAGAAAUGGCUUAUGAGAAGUGUUCAUCUGAAUCCAUUCCAUUGGGGAGCUUGGCAGGAGCUGAAUGACCUGCUUGCUAGCCCGGAAGAUUUGAAACAUGUCAUCGACAUCUCGCCCCAGAAUAUCAUGACGCUUAUCUUCCAUGUACAUUGCAGCCAAGAGCUCUAUCAAGCUACUGAGGAGACUUAUCAUGCUCUGUCGGAGCUCGAGACCAUAUUCCCUACGAGCGCGUUCCUGAAAACCCAGCGAGCUCUAUUAUAUUACCAUUCCAAAGACUUCGAGGAAGCAUCGCACAUCUUCACAGAAAUACUCAUCACCUCCCCCCACCGCCUCGACAGUCUCGAUCACUACUCCAACAUCCUAUAUGUAAUGGGCGCGCGUCCCCAGCUUGCCUUUGUCGCGCAGGUCGCAACCGCCACCGACAAAUUCCGGCCUGAAACAUGCUGUGUAGUCGGAAACUAUUACUCUCUCAAGUCCGAGCACGAAAAAGCAGUCAUGUACUUCCGCCGUGCCCUCACCCUGGAUCGAAAUUUCCUUUCUGCCUGGACCCUCAUGGGCCACGAAUACAUCGAAAUGAAAAAUACCCACGCAGCCAUCGAAUCCUACCGCCGAGCCGUCGACGUCAACCGCAAAGACUACCGCGCCUGGUACGGUCUCGGCCAAGCCUACGAAGUCCUCGACAUGUCCUUCUACGCCUUAUUCUACUACCAGCGCGCCGCCGCCCUCCGACCCUACGACCCUAAGAUGUGGCAAGCCGUCGGAUCCUGCUACGCCAAGAUGGGCCGCAUCGAGCAGAGCAUCAAGGCGCUGAAACGCGCACUCGUCGCGGGCUCGUAUUACGCCGAAGACACGGCCUCCAACGCCAGCGGCAUGCCCCCCGGCGCCGCAUCCAGCCGGAAGAUCCUCGACCCCGAAACCCUGCACCAAAUCGCCACGCUUUACGAACGACUCGGCGAUGAAGAUGAAGCCGCCGCCUACAUGGAACUCACCCUUCAGCAGGAAUCCGGCCAAAUGCCCGUCGAAGAAGAGUACGAGUCCUCGGACAAUGAAAACGAUAACGACAACGAAAACGACGACGAGCAAUCCACCGCCGGCGAGGGACGCUCUGGUCGUCAGCGCGCCCGACACGGCAAAUCCAUGGCUAGCCAAAACGAUGACGACGACGACACAUGGCAUGGCACAGGUGUCACGGCGACCACGUCCAAGGCUAGACUAUGGCUUGCGCGGUGGUCGCUGCGGACUGGGGACCUCGAGCGCGCUGAUCAGUUAGCGGGAGAGUUGUGUCAGGACGGAGUUGAGGUCGAAGAAGCAAAGGCGUUGAUGAGGGAUGUUAGGGCUAGACAGGAGGGUGGUCAGUCAUGAGUUGUGAGUUGUCGCAGAGGAUGUGAUUGUUUGAGGCCUAUUUCAAACUCUUUUUAUCUGUAUGAGCUAGCGAGGCGUUCUAUCUUUCUAAUCAUCUUUCCCUUAUUCUUUAUCACGGUUCUCGUGGGGUGGCAGCCAUGCUUGUUAAUGCAUUUGAUGGUUUUUGUUCGGU